AUGGGAAUCAAGCCUAUCAUCUCACGCACAAGGGAUGGAAGAAGAUCAGGGGAGAUAGCACACGCAGGGAACUCAUGCCUCUCCUUGAGCAGCUCCAACCUACAAGUCACAGCUUACAACACUAGACCAAAGGGAAGAAAGCUUAAGUGUUGGAGGGGUGAUCACACCUAUCUUUGUGCAGCAGGAGUCAAGUGGACAAGAGAAGGUCUACUCCACCAGGUUGGAUGGACAUCAAGUUUUGCAAGACCAACCUUCUCAUUGAGCACAAGGAGUUGGAUGGGAGAUUCCAAUUCAAGUUCACCCACCCAUUGGCUGGACUCUCCAAGCUUCUCCUGCCUAACCCAGAGCUCACCACAGUAG